GCUGGAUGCAGGGAUCAGAUAAAUGUGCUUAUGGAGCAACUGUUGAGCCACAAGAGCACCAGAGGGGAUCUGCAGAACAGCUCCCAGAGCCUUCAAGUGGCUGCACUAAAAUUUGGCAAAAAAUGGCUUACACUGUAUCUCUCACUGGACCCGGCCCAUGGGGAUUCCGACUGCAAGGAGGAAAGGACUUUAACAUGCCCUUGACCAUCUCCAGAGUAACUCCGGGCAGUAAAGCUGCACAAUCCAAUGUAAAUCAGGGGGACCUGGUGGUGGCUAUCGAUGGAGUAAGCACAGACAGCAUGACACACUUAGACGCCCAGAACAAGAUCAAGUCUGCCAGCUACAACCUGAGCCUCACCCUACAAAAAUCCAAACGUCCAGGACCAGUUCCAACAGCUACACCACGAAUGGAUUCGCCUAUGCCAGUGAUCCCUCAUCAGAAGGUUAUAGCCAACACAUCUGCCAAUGCUGAGUAUGUGGAACGAUUCAACCCCAGUGUCUUGAAGGACUCAGCCCUCUCCACCCACAAGCCCAUUGAGGUGAAGGGUCCUGGAGGAAAGGCCACAAUUAUUCAUGCUCAGUAUAACACCCCGAUCAGCAUGUAUUCCCAGGAUGCCAUAAUGGAUGCUAUAGCUGGCCAAGCACAGGCCAGGGGCAGUGAUCUCUCAGGUAAUCUCCCAGUUAAAGAUCCUCAUGUAGACAUUGCUUCUCCAGUGUAUCAGGCUGUACUUAAAAAUCAGGGCAAAAGUGAAUACGAGAUUGACGAGUGGGCACGACGUGCUGCCAACCUGCAGUCCAAGUCAUUCCGUGUCCUCGCACAGAUAACAGGAACAGAAUACAUGCAAGACCCUGAUGAAGAUGCACUGAGAAGAUCAAGGCCUCAUGCAUCUAGCCAAAGUUAUUCUUCAACAGCUGCCAAAGGUCCUGUGCCUUACGGAGGAGGGUAUAACGAACCAUCAAUUCCUGCCCCUAAGCCCCGGGUUGUAACAACUGCGAGCAUUAAACCUUCUGUUUAUCAGCCAAGCCAAGGUCCUUCUCCGGGCUUUGCUCCAUCACCUGCUGCUGCCUACUCAGCUCCCCAGCAGGAACCAACAAACCGUCCUCCAUGGAUUACUGAUGAUGCCUUUUCUCAAAAGUUUGCACCUGGCAAAUCUACCAGCACUGUUACUAAGCAGCUCUUGCCAAAAGCAGCACCUCCACCACCUGCUCCGAUCACCACUCCAAGCUACACUCCGCAGCCCACCAGCAAUCCACCAGCCCAAGCACCAAGGGGAACGAUUCAACGUGCUGAGAGAUACCCAGCAAGCAGCAGAACACCUCUGUGUGGACACUGCAACAACAUCAUCCGAGGACCGUUCUUGGUUGCCAUGGGUCGUUCAUGGCAUCCUGAGGAGUUCAACUGUGCCUAUUGCAAGACCUCUCUGGCUGAUGUGAGCUUUGUGGAGGAGCAGAAAAGUGUUUACUGUGAGCGAUGCUAUGAGCAGUUCUUUGCUCCAACCUGUGCCCGCUGCAACACUAAGAUCAUGGGGGAAGUGAUGCAUGCCCUAAGACAGACUUGGCACACUACCUGCUUUGUCUGUGCUGCCUGUAGGAAACCAUUUGGCAAUAGUCUCUUCCAUAUGGAGGAUGGAGAGCCGUACUGUGAGAAAGAUUACAUUGCCCUGUUUAGUACAAAAUGCCAUGGAUGUGAUUUUCCUGUUGAGGCUGGAGACAAGUUCAUUGAGGCUCUUGGCCACACCUGGCAUGACACCUGCUUCAUCUGUGCUGUUUGUCAUGUGAAUUUGGAGGGCCAACCUUUUUACUCCAAAAAGGAUAAGCCUCUGUGCAAGAAACAUGCCCACGCCAUCAACGUUUAAAGAGCGUCAAUGGAUCCGAAGCUGGAGACAAGCAAUUAAAAAAAUAUAUAUAUAUAAUCACAUCCAUUGCUUAUUGUUAACUUGUUGCAAAACACAGUGCAACUAAAUCACUUAUUUUAUGUAUCCAUGCAAAGAACACCACAGUGCAAUUAAAUCAGUUUAUAUAGAAAUCAGUGCAAAGUGCAUACAAAGAGAACAAGUUACCACUGUAAAAUUGUAACUUUGUGUCUAUAAUGAGAUGUUUUUGUUAGGCAAGAGCAUUACCUUAAUUAUGCACCAAGACCUUACACAGAUGGGUAUAUUCCACAUUGUGGGGGUGACAUCCUUGCAAUUUAAUAGUCCAUUGCUAAUUCAUUAGCUCAACAGGAAGUUUAGCUUUUAAUGACAAGUAGAAAAUGUUACUGAAAUUAUACAAGGUUCUAACAUUGAUUAUAUUGAGCGCCAAACACAAGACUGAGUCUAGGCCACAAUUUAAUCUAGUGAUACUGUUUACAUGCUCAUGGUUUAUAUGAGAACACUUUUACGUUCGUCCUCUGUAGCAUCAGCUCUCCUUCUCAAGGUGUGGGGUCCAAAAGUGACAGCAAUUAUUUAACGUGUGUUAAAAUGCUGUUAUUAAAACAUUACAAGGCCCUUGUAUAUAGCUUCUGACCAAUAUAUAGAAAAGUUACUUCUUUGACGCCAAAGGGGUUUAUUAAACGCUCAGCAUUUGAGUUUGAAGCAGCCUUGCACAAAUAUUUGGAGAGGUUAUUGUUCUCUGACAGUGCUCACAGAAGAUUGAACGCAGAGCUGCAGCCCUAGCAGAAAAAUAAGCAGAGUGCCAAGCAACCAGAUGUAUGGUAUUUUUAGAGCCGCCGUGGAUAAUGUUUUAAAAUAAAUGAAGUGCAUCUUCGCCAAAAAAGGAAGUGCUGCUCCACUGUUUAUAUCAUGGUCCCUCUGCACCUUUCUAAGCAUACAGGGAAUUGGGAAAUGCAGAAUUUGUUUUGCCAGAAUAGUGUAGUCCCCCCCUUCCCCCAUGUAGAUUCAUGAUAUAUCCUCCCACAUCUCUAAAAAUGGUUUAGACUAUUUCAGAUAGAGUUCACACAAAUUUAAAGAAUUUUUGAAAGUCACUGUCAUGUAGUAUACCAAGCUUGUUCGUUUUCAAUAUUCCUUGUUUGAAGAAUGUGAUCUGCUAACCAUUCCGUGUUUAUCAACUUUUGCCCAGAUGAUUGCUUCACAGUAGGUCAUUCAUAUUAAAAAAAAUGAUAUUGGUUAACAACAUAACAUAUAUCACUGUGAGCAAAUUACUACCAGCCACCUUAUGCUCUCAUCCUGUCUUCAGUGACACCUCUGAUAGAGGUAUUUCCAUCCUGGCCAAUAGUGAACAUGGGCCCUCAUUCCGAGUUGUUCGCUCGUUAAAAAUCUUCGCAUCGCAGCGAUUUUCCGCUUAAUGCGCAUGCGCAAUGUCCGCACUGCGACUGCGCCAAGUAAAUUAGCUAUGCACUUAGUAAUUUUACUCACGGCUUUUUCAUCGGUCUCGCGAUCGUAAUGUGAUUGACAGGAAAUGGGUGUUACUGGGCGGAAACAGGCCGUUUUAUGGGCGUGUGGGAAAAAACGCUACCGUUUCCGGAAAAAACGCAGGAGUGACCGGAGAAACGGAGGAGUGUCUGGGCGAACGCUGGGUGUGUUUGUGACGUCAAACCAGGAACGACAAGCACUGAACUGAUCGCAGAUGCCGAGUAAGUCUGAAGCUACUCAGAAACUGCUACGAGGUGUGUAAUCGCAAUAUUGCGAUUACUUCGUUCGCAAUUUUAAGACGCUAAGAUUCACUCCCAGUAGGCGGCGGCUUAGCGUGAGCAACUCUGCUAAAAUCGCCUUGCGAGCGAACAACUCGGAAUGACCUCCAUGAAACGUACUUUGCUUGGUUAGCUGUACAAACUAUUGUUUAGUUAGUGAUGCAGCCAUAGAUAUAUGAAAAACAGUGUUUCUGAUUUUUACUAUAUGACAUAAUUUUUCCGGACUGUUAAGUGCA